AUGUUUUCCUUUUGACAAAUUUGUUGGAAAAGGUGUUAUUUGUGAUUUAUAAAGUUCUAUUGAUAUCAAAAUACAAUUUGUUAAUAAAAGUAAUAAUUUUCCCAAACUAAUAUAUAAAUAAUCUGCAAACAUGCUGUAUCUUGAAGAUUAUCUGGAAAUGAUCGAGCAUUUGCCACAGGAGCUCCGGGACAGAUUUACAGAGAUGCGUGAACUGGAUUUAACAGUGCAGAAUAGCAUGGAUUCUUUGGAGAAAAAAAAUCGCACAUUUUUUCAACAAUGCAAACGUGGAGAAUUACAAAACGAACCUGCAGAUUUAGAGUUUCAAAAUCUUCGUAAGGAAUACUACAAAGUUUUGGAAGACGCUGAUGAAAAAGUUAACAUCGCCACACAAAUACAUGACUUGGUGGAGCGUUACCUACGCCGAUUGGACAGUGAACUAUUCAAGUUUAAGUGUGAACUAGAAGCCGAUAAUAAUGGUAUAACAGAAAUACUAGAAAAGCGUUCGUUAGAGUUAGAUGGUGGUUCAAGUGCAGCCACGGCUUUGAUGAAUGUAAUUGGUGUUACACAAAAAGAGAAUAGAUAUUAUGGAUCAAUAGGGACAGCGGCAACAACAAAUAGUCAUGGUAUACUGGGUGUACCCAGUAGUAACAUAAGUGGUUUAUCACUUUCUACUACACCCGCGGCAACCACAAAAGAUCGGUAUCGUACACCCAAACCGGAAAAACGCAGGGACAGUACAACAAAUUUGGCGCUUCUACCGGAGAAACGUCCAAAUUUAGGAAACAAUUUAACAACCAAUACACCACCGGUUGCGGUGGUUCGUCCUAUAACACCAGGUAUAAGCACGCAUACGGUGCUAAAUACCCCGGGCGCAUCUGUCACUUCUGCAGGCAAUCCCACUGCUGUAGCUUAUAAUUUACAACAAUUAGGUGGCUCGGCAUCGAACGCAAUCGCUGCAGCUGCCAGUCAAGCCAUAGUGGCAACACAACAAAUGCCUCAAGGUCGACGUACGGCGAGCCUUAAAGCCAGUUAUGAGGCAAUACAUGGCGCUGGUGGUGGACCACCGGAAUUCUGGAUCAGUCGUGAUAUUGCAAAUGCUGCAAGCGCAGCUGCACAGACAACACUCCAAACUACAGGAGUUGAGAAAAAACAGAAAAAAAAAAUAAAUGCCAACAGUAUUACGCACACUAACAGCGCUGGUAGCAGCAGUACUCCUUCAUCUGCCAUAUCGCUGGCAUCAUCGUCGUCCUCUGUGAGUGUAGACUCUGUAGACAUGUUGCCAUCUUCGUCUAAUUUAGCAACGGUUGGCAGUCUUGGUGUGCCCGCUAUUGGCUUAUCAACAAUGGGAGUGGGUGCGGCUUCUACAUCUGCCGCAGCAGCUACGAAUCGUGCCAACUCGGCUUCAUCUUCGAUCUCAUCCAAUACUCUUACGCCUGCCACUAACAUUAAUAUUAAUGAAAGCGGUCUAGUGGUAGAACAAACACCAGAGGGAGAAUGGUCUUACGAUCCAAAUGAACCACGUUACUGUACCUGUAAUCAAGUUUCAUAUGGUGACAUGGUCGCUUGUGACAACGAUGCUUGCCCAUACGAAUGGUUCCAUUACCCAUGUGUGGGUAUUACACAACCACCAAAAGGCAAGUGGUAUUGUCCUAAAUGUACAGCAUCUAUGCGCCGGCGUGGGAAUAGGAAAAACUAGUUGUAUUGAAAUUAAAGUUUAUUUCAAAAGCACGGCUAAAUUCAGAGUUUGCUAAUUGGACAAAAUUUUGGUAUAUAUACGUCUUAUAUUGAAAUGAAUUAUUCAAUGUUAUUAGCGCACUUGGAAUCAAAUUAAUAAACUUUCAUUAAUCGUCGUAUACAAA